AUGCGAGUAUCCGUAGUAACCGCCCUCAUCCUUUCCACCUGCAUCCUGGCCUGGAUCGACAGCUCUGAGGCAGUCUGCUGCAGAAUCAAAGGCCAUCUGAAGUAUAGGAUCGAUGGUGGCCAAUGCGGAGCAGUCGGUGGCCGAAACGUCAAAGGCGGAUGCUCCGUCACCAUUUGCAACAACGGGCAAGCUCUGGUGGGCAAAUGGUGCGGCCGUGGAUCUUGCAACAUCUUCGGCUGUGCCUGCAAAGGCGGCUGCCUCGAUGGGAACUUCGCUAUUGACUUUGUCAAGAACAAUCCCGAAUACAAGAUCGAAGUCACUUCCGCUGUUUAUAAAUAA